AUGGUUAGUUUUCUCGUGAUGGACGGUUGCGAUAAAUCAGCCAUUUUCCAGAAUUUUGCUAACUCAGAUCGUGUCGCACCUUCGACCAAAGAUUCCAUUAAGACAAGCAGUUUGUUGAAGAGAUGGGAAUCUGUCUGGCUUAGAGUUCCUGAACUUGAAUUAACGCUUAAUGAUUUACCCGACGGCCAAGCCUUGGAGAGCUUCGUCAACAAAUUUCUGGAGUUUAACAAAGGCUCGAAUGCAAUAUAUAAUCCAAGAAAUGCAAUGGUAAUGACUCGUGGAGUGGAUUGA